AUGGAUUCUCUGUCAUCAAGAAAGAUCCAUAAUCUUAAUGAAACAGUGAAGUCGAUGGUAGCAGCUGGUUAUAAGAAAGAGUGCUAUGAUGUGUAUAGCAGUUGGCGCAAGGUAUUCUUGAAGGUGUGUCUCAACUCUUCAGGAACAGUGAAAAAUCGUCCAGAACCCAUCAAAUGCUUCACUUCCAAGAUAUGCUGCAAAAGCAAUAAGACGGAAAUACCGUUCCAAUACCGGCCCCUUCAGAAAGGACCCUGUGAUCAGCUAGCACAAUUGAUAGGUGGGCAGAAUCAAUAUCCUUCAUCUCCUGUUUCCUUAGACAGAUCCACUUGGGCAGUCCCGCACAGCCGACAAUUUGAACCACAAGAAAUCAUCUAUCGAACUAAAAAGAUUCUGUUGAUCUCUAAGCAGGUCAUGAACUGA